AUGAAUCGAGUAGUAAUCUUAUAUCGAAUAAUCAAUUACCUAUAUAAUUAUGAUCCAGCUGUUUUGUUUCUUCAUUUAUGUCAUGUUUUAUUUUUUCUAGGUGUAAGACCCAAACUAUGCGAAAAUUACGAGAAUGUCACUGUUGAGGUGGUCGACUGUCCAGAUUUAACAAAAGAACCUUUCAAUUUAGCUGCAAAAGGCAUAAAUGGAAACGUUUCCAUCUUGGAUGUGGGAGAUAUAACCUAUAUACGUCCGACCAUUCAACGCGACAGAGCAUACGAUUUGAGGGGAAUACCAAAAAUGGUCGGAGACAAGGAAUCAUUCAUUAUUGGUGCCGGUGCUGGUCUAUGGUGGUAUUACGGUACCGCGUGUGAGUUGAUGAUCAACGCAGUAGUUACAGAAGACAAUGUAAAAGUACCUCUUUCUCGAACAGCUAGAAUAGUCAAAGGAAAAGAAAAGCCUGUAAUUGAUACAGUACCAGAUACCGAACCCGGUUUUAGCUUUAUGGCUCAAAUACACAGUUCAAGAGGAGAAUCGGGAAAAGUAAUUAAAAUACAUUGCCAAAAAAGAACCGGCGAGAAAAAUUUUCCGGUAGCGGUUCAAGAUGCAUUGAAACGAUCUUUUCCCAACUCAGCCUUAGGCCUCGGCGGAGUCAUGAUGAUUUUAAAGGGUAGAAUUCGACAACACGUACAACCAGAGUUUUCCCGUUCGCCUUUAAAUACAGACGAAGAUGAAAAGAAUUGGUUAAAAUUUUUCGAAAUGUCAUCUCCGUUGACAGCUAUCGGAACUAUUCUUACCAAAGAUCCGGGUUUAGAUGUGAGACUCCUACAUUUCCACAGUUUUAGUGAAAAUGAAGGUGGACAUUAUCACAAUGAUGUUACACCGGAAGAUGUCGAGUAUCUAGCUUAUUUUUCGUUAGCCAAAAAUUUAUAUAGAGUUGAUAGAAAAUUAGACAAAAAAGAAGGAUUGAUGAACGCCUGGUGCAAUUUGUAAUUUAAAAAUUUAAUAAUUACUCGUAUUAUUGGUAUUAAUUCAGUAUAAUUAAGUGUUCAGAAGUAAGAUGAAAUUGUUUUUCAUUUUAUCAGAUCAUCUUUAUGGAUAUUGAAAUUA